AUCUCUAAACUCCUCCCACUUUAUCAGGAAAGAGAAAACCGCUAUGUAGCCAAACUGCUCAGGAGAAAACGAACACCAUUAUAGCGAUUGUAGCAUUUUUAUAAUAAUUUAAAGCGUCGGCUGGUAUAGUAUAAACCCGUUUUGAAGAUGAAAGUGAGAUAACUAACGUGUUUGUGUUGUUAAUAGCAGAAAUGGAGAAGCAGCCGCGUCUGUUGUGUUCUGAGCUGUGUGUUCAACGCAGACCAUAUGAGGUCACAUUAAACUGCGCGAUUCUCACGUGGAAAGACGUACAAAUCGGCCAAAAACACACCGGACGCGCCAUAUAUGGAGCUGUCAAAGCUGGUAGUCACUGUGUUCCCGUGUGUGAGAUUAUAGCGGUUCAGGAAAAGGAAGAUGACUCUCCCAGUAAAGACACUGGGAAAUGGCAGAAGGUUCCUCAGAGCCCAGUGGACUGCCAGCACGCUUUCACAGUGUUUUACAUAGAGAGGACGAGGCAGCACUGCUGGCGGUGCAGCAACGUGACUUUCCAUUGCUCUGAACAAUCCCUGUGUCUGCUCUGGGUCCAAACUAUCAGGGAGCAGCUUGGAUUGUUGACCAAUCGACCAAAGAGGUUGCUGGUGUACAUCAACCCCUACGGAGGAAAACAACGCGGGAAGCAGAUUUACGACCACAAAGUGGCCCCCAUCUUUUCCCAGGCUACCAUUUCCACCGAUGUGAUUGUUACAGAUCGUGCAAAUCAUGCCAGGGACCACUUGAAGACAGAGGCUGAUCUGAAGAAGUAUGAUGGUGUGGUGUGUGUAGGAGGAGAUGGCAUGUUCAGCGAAAUUAUGCAUGGCCUCAUCUCCCGUAUGCAGCAAGAUGCAGGAGUAGACGAGAACUCCAUGGAGGAGACCCUUGUUCCAUGUGGACUUCGCAUCGGCAUCAUUCCUGCAGGUUCGACUGACUGUGUAUGCUACGCCACAGUCGGCUCAAAUGACCCUGUCACCUCAGCACUUCACAUUGUUGUGGGUGAUUCUCAACCAAUGGACAUCUGCUCAGUGCACAAUGAAGACAGCUUCCUGCGCUACUCUGUGUCACUGUUGGGUUACGGGUUCUACGGAGACGUGCUGACGGACAGCGAGAGGAAGCGCUGGAUGGGCCCGGCCCGUUACGAUAUCUCAGGUGUUAAAACAUUUCUGUCACAUCGCUACUAUGAGGGAACCGUGUCCUUCUUACCUGCUGAAGGAAACUUGGGAACUCCAAGAGACAAAAUGCAGUGUCUGUCUGGGUGUAGUAUCUGUCGGCAAACCUCGUCUGACAGACUGGUCAGCAAAGAUGAAGACAGUGUUUCUGAUGCUGAGUGUCCGGACACGUGGACGGUCGUCAGGGGCAAGUUCUUGGCCAUCAAUGCCGCCAGCAUGAGUUGUGCGUGUCCUCGCAGUCCUAAAGGUCUGUCGCCGUCAGCACACCUUGCAGACGGUACUACUGACCUCAUCCUCGUCAGGAAGUGCUCCCGAAUCGACUUCCUGCGCCACCUGCUGCGGCACACCAAUAAGGCUGACCAGUUUGAUCACUCUUUUGUGGAGGUGUACCGGGUCAAGCAGUUUCGAUUCACCCCCAGACAUCAGGAGUGUGAUUCCGAAGUGGACCUGAGAGAGAGAGAGAGCGGAGCGGGAGGCAAGCGAUUCCUCAGUCAGAUCUGCAGAGAGCACAGAGCAUGUGGCUGUAUGGCUUCCCAGAGCAACUGGAACUGUGACGGAGAGAUCCUUCCACACACUGCAAUUCAAGUCCGGGUCCACUGCCAGUUGGUCACGCUGUUCGCGAGAGGAAUCGAAGAGCAGCCGGUGUUUGAGGACCCGUACCCUCACUGUGCAAUAUAGAUCUCCAUGAAUUCACUUAAGAAACCUCCAGCUGGAACAUGAAGGAUUGAGAUUCUUUGAAUGGAAGAGUCACCUUCAGCUCAGCACAAUGUCAUGCUGUUAUAUCUAGAUAAUCCUCGUGAAGAUGCUUUGGAAACACAGAGCUGGAGUCAACAGCAUCUUCAUAGCAUCUUUAUACAGGCUGUAUUAGAUUUGUGUCGGAUGGGAUAAGCUGCUUCAGCUAGGCAUUGGUAUUGGUUUUUUUUUUUUUUUUUUUUUUU